AAGCUCUUCCUCCAUUGAUAAGCAUCGCCAUCUUCUUCCUUUCACAAAAUUAUGCUCUUCACUUAGCCCGUACCCACCACCACUGCCGCCGCCUGAAUUUUACUAGAGUGAUAGAAGAGACAUGGCUUUAUCAUCGUCAUCUAUCAUCUGCACUGCCAAUAGUAGUGUUGUCUUCCUCGUCUUCGCCGCCGGCAAUUAUCGACGACCGACGACUGCCAAAAUCAACACCACCACCUCCUCAACUCGAUUCCGACUCAGAAUCAGAGCUCUCAAGGAGACCCCCACCACCACUGAGGACGAGAAGAAGAUUAAACCCCCUACUUCUUCUUCUUCCUCAGCUGAAGAUAUUACAAAGAAAUACGGCCUUGAGGCUGGUCUUUGGAAGAUAUUCAGCAGCAGCAGCAGCAGCAGCAGCAGCUCGUCCGAAGAGGAAGAAGAAGAAGAAGAAGAAGAAGAAGGAGGGGGAAAGAAAUCAUCAAAAGGAAAGGGAGAAGAAGCAAAGGAACUCUUGACUAAAUAUGGAGGAGCAUACUUGGCCACUUCCAUUACUCUCUCCUUGAUCUCAUUCUCUCUAUGUUAUGCCCUCAUUACUGCCGGAGUCGACGUCUCUGCUCUGCUAAACAAGGUCGGAAUCUCAACCAAUGAAACCGGAGAGAAACUAGGAACAUUUGCUUUAGCUUAUGCAGCUCACAAAGCAGCUUCCCCUAUCAGAUUUCCUCCUACUGUCGCUCUCACUCCCAUUGUAGCUUCCUGGAUUAACAACAUCAUCAACAACAACAACAACAACACAUCAUAGACCACUCCUCCUAUUAUCUACUGUCUUUGCACUUGUACUCCCAAACAAACAAACAUACAAACA